AUGCCAGCUUCCAGAUACCAGCACAGAAGAAGCUCAUACACAAAAUCCUCUCUUCUUCCUCCUCGUUGGCUCGUCUCUGCAGCGCCAUCAUUCCCCAAGAUGUUGAUGCUAAGGGCAGCGCCGAUGUCCUACGCCAAGGUGGACAAGGUGGACGCCGAGGAGGCGCGGCACUGGAAGGCGCAGUUCCUGAUCCACAAGGCGCUCGAGACGGGGCCGACUAGGCGGCCGCCGGCGGCGGCGCCAUUGGCGAGGGCUGGCGGCUGCAGGGUCGUCAGGGCGGUGAGGAUCGGCAUCCGGCUCAAGAGGCUCAGGAUCGCCGUCCGGAGCUUCAGGCUGCGCGUCUGCCGGAGCGUCCUCAAGCACCUCAAGAAUCUCAGGAGGCUCGGGUCUCCUCGUUCUUGA